AUUUGAAUAAAAAAUAAAUGAAAGUAUUUUUAUACGGUCUUUUAUCAGUCGGUAGCAGAUUUUCCGCCCUUUAUUCUGAUGUAGCAGGAAGCCAUGGAAGCACAGUCCAUUCGAUCACUGAGAAGAAUGGCGAAAUCUAAGGAGGAAACCCAGAGAGGCUCCCAUGGAGAUAUCUCAGGAAUCGAUGAUUUAGGAGAUGAUCUCAUGCAAAACAUCCUCGGCCGGCUGCCGGCCUCAUCCUUCGCUUCGGCAGCGUGUGUUAGCCGCUCCUGGAAUUCUCUGUGCAGUAGCCUCCUGUCUUCUCCUAGGCUAUCUUCUGCUGUCUCGUUUAACCCUUCUCUUGAGAAUGCUGUGAAUGAGGUUUUUGAAAAGGUCUUAUCCGAACCCAUUCGACCUCAUUUUGCGCUGGCCUCUAUUGGUCCAUCCUUCAGCUUGCAAGCAGCUCUGCAACUGAUUGACAAGAAAUUGGGUUCCAGGAUUCCUGUAAUUGUCAAUGUGUCUGAGGGAGUCAUUGGUAGGGAUGUGAAAACUGAUCAGUUUGUAGAGGUACAAUGGGAAGUAACUAUGGAAGAGGAAGAUCUUGGUGCUGUAUCAAUGGUGGAGAAUGUGAACCGGGGAAUUAUAUUGACAGUUGGGUUUCUACCUGGAUUAAAGGCCCAUAUAAUUCCUCUGUUUUCCGGAGAUAAGGGACCUGGAAGUCUUCUCCUUGAUGAAUUUGUGAUGGAUAUUAGAGAAUCUGCAUCAGCUGUUUCUCAUUCAACAUCUCCUGCCGGAAUUAUACUUUUGGCUGACCGAGAAACAGACAUCAAGCCGAUUCUCCAAACAAUUGAAUGCGCCUUCUCUGAGGACACUUUCAUUGUGGGUGAUGGAGGUAGUCAAUUCUUGUAUAAAAGUUAUAAUGGAAACAGUAUUACGUGGCAGCCAGGUUCCACUUGUGCUGCAGUUGCCCUAUUAUUUGCAAGGGAUAGGAACAAACCUGGUAUUGGGGAAAUUAAAUUUCAUGUCAUGUUAUCAACCGGCAUAUCACCACUUGGUAACAUGUAUAAGGCAGUUUCUGUUAAAUCAAAUGAAAAUUCAACUUGGCUCACUGCAUCGAGAGAAACAGUUCGUGAGCAUCUUGAUGGCCAAGCUAUUUUAGAGGAUAUCUAUGAAGAGCUAGACGAUCGCAUUCAGUAUCCUGCGUUCUACAUUGGAGUAACAAAAAGAAGACGGUGCUCAUUUGUGAAGGAAAAAGCAAGAUGGAUGCAAUUUCAUGAGUUUCAUGAAGUUCUGGGGGGAGAUGAAGAAUACCUAUUUGUCAAUUCUGUUGGCAUCAAAACUCGAGACCCCUUUCGCUUUUACAUCUCAGACUCCAGAGCUGCUCUGUCUUCUUGCAAUAGAGUUUUCGAUAUGCUUAAGGAUCUGAAAUUAGAUUGUGACUCCAUGAACAAUCAUGCAAGUCCCAGUGUUACCCAUUGUGACAAAAGACAAGUCUUCGGAGGCAUUAUCUUUUCCUGCUGUGGUCGUGGCGACUCUUUCUUUGGACACCCCGGUAUUGAUAGUUCCCCAUUUCUGAAGAACUUUCCUGGGGUUACUUUUGGGGGAACUUAUUGUGCUGGGGAAAUCGGACGUGGGAAAUUGAGCUUGUAUGACCAAGGCAUUGAAGAAGGCGGCUCCGUCAAAUGCAGUCAGCAUGUUUACAGCGCUGUUUACCUAGUUAUGUCAUACUGCCCACCACCACUAGAACAAUAAAGUUUUGUGGGGAAGGCUUCAUUGCAGAUUAAAGGCUUUUGGUCAGGUUCGGUGCUGUUUCUCUCUCGUGCUCCUGAAAUAGAGCUCCUGUGUAAUUCGUAAAUGCUUUUAGAAGUAGAUAGACCAUAUGGAGUGUUAGUAUGAUCUUGUGAACUUAUGUGCAAAGAUCGACUGUUUCUUAAAGUAGAAAUCCCGGAGUUUUAGGCCAAAAUCGUGUUUUCGCCAUUUCCGGGAGGAUGUUAACAGAGACGCCUGUUAUGAAUGUGCUAUUUCUUCCGUCUGUAACUAUGGUUGAUAUACAUGGAGGAAGUGCACUUAUUCUCAUCUCUUUGCUCUUAUCACUAGAAUUGGGAGAGUCCAAUGAUGAGCCAUACUUUGCAAUGGUUUCUUCAUCUGGAUAUUUUACUA